GGGUGUGCAGUGCUAAUGCUGUCCUGUGUCCAGCAGAGUGAGCGUGGAGUGGCGUUGGAAGCCAUGGCCAACCAGGGCGAGGUGGUCAACGUGAACGGCUGUGUGGCCCCGUCUCUGACCCUCGAACUGCGCUCCUCGCACAACGAACUGCUCAACGCCGACCUGAAGCGUUGCGGGCCCCCCAAAGGCCGCACGGCGUACGCCUCCACCGACCUGCCGGCGGCAAUGGGGCUGGCGACCGACACCGGCAGCUGCAAGUGGGUGAAGGACGGGCGCAACCAGCUACGGAGAGCGGCUCAGCACGUGCGGCAAGACCAGAACCGCAACGUCACUGGGCCAGAGGUGGGGCCGGAGGCGCGGGAUGAAGGGCCAGCGGACAGCCAGCCUGGCAACACCGGCGGCUUCCUGCAGUACUACAUGGGGCUGGAGCUGUCACUGGAGGGAGAGGCCGACACACAGACCCCCCUCCUGCACCUCCACCCGGGGGACAGUGCGGACCAGGAGGGGGAGGGGGAGGGGGACGAGGACGAGGGGGGGCUGGAGGUGCCGACCCAGGCCCCCCCCCACGACAGGAAGGCAUCCUGCCUCUUCUUCGGGAUGAGGAACACGGCGCCGAGCGACGAGGACUCCAGCUGGACCAGCCUAUCACAGGGCAGCGCGUCCUGGAGCUCGCCCGACGACCUUGAUGGCAUGUGGCAGAGGGAGCCACUGGAGAAAGACACAGACCUACCCGCGGGCUGGAUGAGGGUGAGGGACACGUCGGGCACCUACUACUGGCACAUCCCCACGGGGACCACUCAGUGGCAGCCCCCCCCACCCCCGGGAGACACCGACCCCCAGAAACCCUCCUCCAUGUCGCAGUGCACCACGCCGUCCGAGGAGCAGCAGCUGACCUGGGCAGGUUUCACGGCGGGGGACGGGUGCGACGAUGCCGGUGAGUGGAAGGACGCAGUCACCCCCCCAGAGAGCACGGACAACAGUCUGCGAGACUUUGAGGGAGCAACGUUACGAUAUGCAUCGUUGAGUCUCGGGGGGUCAGCGGAGGAGGACGGCACCAAGACCUUCAGCAACAUCGACGACGAGUCCAAGUGUUUCCAGGUGCAGUCGCUGGGCUGGGUGGAGAUGCUGGAGGAGGACCUGGCCCCCGGCAAGAGCAGCGUUGCUGUCAACACCUGCAUCCGCCAGCUGUCCAUGCACCGCGGCACCCUGCACGACAGCGCAGGAUCAUGGGGGCAGGGCAAGACAAUGCAGCUGUUACUGGAGGACGACACGUUGAGCCUGGUUGACCCCGUGACCCAGACGCCGCUGCACAUGCAACCCAUCGUCAGCAUCCGUGUGUGGGGCGUGGGGCGUGACAAUGGCCGGUAG